AUGUCAGCUGCCACUGCAAAGAAGCCGCCCGCCGGCGGUGUCGGUAGAGUCUCUUCUACCGACUCAGCCUCGCCCUCUUCUCCUGCGAGAACCCCCUCGAGAUCGUCCACCCCGACCGCUACUUCAGCUCCGCGCAGAGGUCCCCCUCGCACCACAACCCCCGUCUCUGCUCGUGUGGCCGCCCAUGCCAGGAGAGGCUCAACCAUGAGCACCCCCAACAUUACUGCUCCCGACACCAGCAACACCGACGCCGAGGAAGCUGCUAGGGCCGAAACUGUUGCGCUGCUUGACGACCUCAAGGAGCGCCUCUCCAAGGCCGAAAUCUCCUCCGAGCAGUACAGGAAACAGGCCGAAGUACUGCAGACGAGGUUGGAUGAUGCGCUCAAGGAGUCUGCAAAGCUGGAAGAGAAGGUGCACGAGACCGAGGAACAAAUCGAGACCCUGCGCAACGAGAAGAGAGAAAACGCGAGGCAGAUGCGCGAGAUGGAGACCAUCUACGAGGCCGAGAGGAGUUCUAUGAACAAGGAGAAGGAAGAGUUCAACAACAGGGAGGAGGAGAUGCAGACCAUCAUCCAGAGGCUGAAGGACACCCUGUCGCAAAGAAUGAACGACGAGGAGGGCAGCAGGUCCUCAAGGCAAUCAGCGGCGACGUCACCCAACGUUGACAACGGAAGCUUUGCACCACCUUCCUCCCUCAACCGCAGCGACUCGCGGAACAACUCCAAGUUGAUUCUCCAGAAGGACAAGCUCAUUGAGUCUUUGCGCCUGGAACUUGCCGAGGCCCAGAUCAAGCUGGUCGAAUCCGAGAACCAGGGUGGCGGGAGGCUGCAGGAGGUGGAACGGCUACUAAUGGAAGCCCGCAUGGCAAACGCCCGCCUUAUGGAGGACAACGAGAGCUACCAGCUGCUCCUGCAGGAGAAGACCCUGAAUGGUGAUUUCUCUAAGAACGACUUCAGCUACAUGGGUGUCUCUGCCAACCAGGAUGCUCUCAAUGCCCUCGAGGGCCGUUCUGGCGGCGCAAGCUUGGCCGACGAGCUGUCCGAGGCUUCAGACAGCACGUCCGAUAAUAACAACGAGCAUGUCCGCCGCCUCGAGUCUGAGCUCAAGGGCAUGAAGGACCAGAACAAGGCGUUGACGCUCUACAUUAACAAGAUCAUCGAGAGACUUCUGCAGCACCAGGACUUCGAGCACAUUCUCGACACAUCGAGCGAGCCCAAGCCUGCCGCGGCCAACACCAACAAAGAACUCCCGCUCCCGCCUGCAUCCGGAGCCUCGCUCCUGCAGCGCGCCAAAACCAUGGCCGUCGGCCCGAACAAGCCCAAGCCGAGGCCCAUGUCUUACAUGCCUUCGGCUACGCCAGCGAACUCGGCGCACACCGAUCCGGAGACAGCGCCUCGCAUUCCUAUCGGCAACUUGACCCGCUCCUCCAGCACUCGCCGCUCCCGUCCGAUGAGCGAGCAAUUCACCGGCGUGAACCUCGUCAGCCAGAUGUACAAGGGUCCGGGGGACGGGCCCAUUUCACCGCCCCUUGGCUCCCCGCGCACCCCACGAACAUCGCAAACUUUUUUCAACGGCAACCCCAACGCGGCGGCGCGGGCUCCGAGCGGCCAGCAGGCGCCUACGGCGGGUAACUUCCCCGGCAUGCGCAGCGAGACCUCGAGCAUGAGCGGCGACUCGGGCGACAUCACCACGCCCCCUUCGCAGUCGCCCCCGCGUUCCCACCACGAGAAGCAGACCACGUUCGCCGGCGGUAACAAGCCCCGACCUCUGCGUCUGGUGCAGGAGAACUCCGAGGCCAAGCAGGAGAACAACAAGCGAUCCAGCUGGAUGGGCUGGGCCUCCGGCUGGGGCAAGAAGGAUGAGAACGCGGCCGCCAACAGCGACCCGAUCCCCGAGUAA